AUGGAUGAGUACAUUGAGGAGGCAUUACAGCAAGGUUACAUCUGCCUGCCAAAGUCCCCUGCUGCUUCGAGCUUCUUUUUUGUGACCAAAAAGGAUGGAGGCUUGUGGCCUUGCAUUGACUACAGAACUCUCAACAAGAUAAAUGUUAAGUUCCGCUAUCCCCUUCCCCUCAUCCCUGCUUCUCUGGAACAACUCCAUGGUGCCACCAUAUUCACCAAGUUGAACCUCCACAGUGCAUACAACCUCAUCUGGAUAUGCAAGGGGGAUGAGUGGAAGACUGCAUUUGUGACCUCUACAGGCCACUAUAAAUAUUGGGUUAUGCCAUAUGGCCUGGUCAAUGCUCCCUCCGUGUUCCAGGAUUUUAUGCAUGAGGUGCUCCGGGAUUUCCUCCACAAGUUUGUUUUGGUGUACAUUGAUGACGUCUUGGUGUAUUCCUGGAGCAUGGCGGAACAUCGCCAGCACGUAGCGGAGGUCUUGCAAAGCCUGAGAGAGUUCAAGCUCUUCCUCAAAGAUGAGAAAUGUUCCUUCCAUCAGUCCUCAGUGUAG